AUGUCGCUACACUCGAGUAGUGGUGGUGGCGGUAGUACCCAAGAAGAACAGGUCACUGCCAGUCUACUUCGCAUUACGUUUUCAAACUUGAUCCUCGCUUCCGGCCCAAUCGCUCUUCUGCUCUACUUGCUGGUAAAACGUGCGGGUACAAAGCGUGCCGAGGCCCGCUUCGAGCAGAGCACACGCUGUGGCAAGCCGCGUCUGCUCCGCUACAGAUGGCCCCUCGCAUUCGACAUAAUAGUGGAAGCGUUUCGCAUGUUUGAAGACAACCAGAUCCUACAGUGGUUCGUCGGGAUCUUCGAAGAAACGGGCCCAACCUUUGAGAAGACAAUUCUGGGUUCCAGGAGCAUCGACACCAUUGAGCCAGAGAAUGUCGAGUCCAUCUUAUACACCAAUUUCUCCGUGACAGAUUACAGCCUCGGUGCCCGUCGGGAGGUUUUUGCACCUCUUCUGGGGAAUGGAAUAUUCACACAAGAUUCUGCACAGUGGAAGCACUCUCGCGCCAUGUUGCGGCCUUUGUUCUCGCUCAACCAUCCAGACACCUUCACGCAGGUGGAAGAACACACAGAGCACUUGCUGAACUGCAUUCCGGCGGGGAAAUUUGUCGACCUCCAGCCUCUGUUUUUCCAGUUUACAUUCGACACCACUACAUUUCUGCUGUUUGGCACGUCAAUGAACUCACUACAAGAUAAGUCGGCACGAGAUGGGGCCAGCAGUCGCGAAGCCGAAUUUGCAGAGGCAUUUCGAGUCUCGCAGGACUUUCUCUUUCGACGCGGCCGUCGAGGAGAUCUGUACUGGACCGUUGAUGACAAACAGUUUCGAAGGCACUGUUCGACCGUGCACAAGUUUAUUGACGAAGCAGUACAAGAGGCUCUCUCGCGCGCAUCCGGGCACGGCAAGUCCGGCAGUGUCCAUAGCUUUCUGGAUGCUCUAAUUGAAGAGACGCGGGAUCCCCGAGUGUUGCGAGACCAACUCUUAAAUGUUAUGCUUGCCGGCAGAGAUACAACAGCAUGCUGUUUGACAUGGACUUUUCGACUUCUUGCGCAACACCCAGACGUCCUUGCUAAGCUCCGAUCGGAGAUCGAAUCUACGGUAGGCGUUGGGAAGAACUCGAGUUCGCCGGACAGGAAGAUCCUAAAAAAGAUGAAAUAUCUCAAUCUGGUCCUGAGGGAGGUACUUCGACUCUACCCUUCUGUGCCGAUCAACUCUCGAACUGCGCUGAGGACGACCACCAUCCCAAGGGGCGGGGGCACUGAUGGCUCCGAGCCUAUAAUGGUCCGGAAGGGCGAAGCUGUUGGGUUUUCUAUCCAUGCAAUGCAUCGACUAAAGAGACUUUACGGUGAAGAUGCCCAUUCUUUCCGUCCUGAUCGUUGGGACCCGGAUGUGGAAAAUGCAGUGGAUCUCAAGAACAUCGGUUGGGGCUAUCUACCGUUUGGUGGAGGGCCUCGGCUCUGCCUAGGACAGGAGUUUGCAUUGUUUGAGGCUGGGUAUGUGACGGUGCGAGUGCUUCAGAAAUUCCAAACUUUGGAGCUGGAUCCUAGAGACACAAAGAUCGCUCUGGGUACCGAGAAACAGGAGGUUACCCUUGUACUUGCUAGUAAAGAUGGUUGCCGGUUUAAAGUGAGUGAGUGA